ACACACGCUCAGGUCAAGAAAAUAUAUAAUGCCAACCCCUUUUAUUUUUUUCUUGAACAGCACUUUCUGUUUUUGAUUUGGGGGAACUGUUGCCCCUGUACAUUGUCAGAGAAAAUAAUCAAGAAUGUAAUAGGAACUUUGAUGGAUGCCAACCGCGGUUAAACCUCAUCGGAAAAGGCUUAGGAACUUUGACACCGGAAGUGGUCACUGAUGUCGCUGUUUAGAGCAAGUGCAUGAAUCAGUGGAACCAUCAGCUAGCCAAAGCUCCUUUGAAUGUUAUAGAGACGGGGAGAAUUUCAGGCCUUUGAGACGGCCAGUCAAGUGAACGCUUCAUAAUUUGAGGACAUGGAGCAGAACAACAGUUUGCCUCCUUUCCAGGGUCUUGCCUCCCCUCAGGGGGCAAUGACUCCUGGUAUGCCCAUUUUCAGCCCCAUGAUGCCCUAUGGCAGUGGUCUGACUCCCCAACCUGUCACGAACACCAACAGCCUGUCUCUCCUGGAAGAGCAGCAGCGGCAACAACAACAGCAGCAGGCUUCGGCCCAGCAGGCUGGGGUGCCAGGGGGUUUGGGACAGACACCACAGCUUUAUCACUCCCAAACGGUCACCACCACCACACUGCCAGGAAACACCCCCCUCUACACCGCUACACCGCUAACCCCCAUGACACCCAUCACACCUGCCACUCCUGCCUCUGAGAGUUCUGGGAUUGUCCCUCAGUUACAGAACAUCGUAUCCACUGUGAACUUGGGCUGCAAACUUGACUUGAAAACAAUAGCACUGCGAGCUAGAAAUGCUGAGUACAACCCCAAGCGAUUUGCUGCUGUAAUCAUGAGAAUACGAGAGCCAAGAACAACUGCACUUAUCUUCAGUUCUGGAAAAAUGGUUUGCACGGGAGCCAAAAGUGAAGAGCAGUCCCGCCUGGCAGCCAGGAAAUACGCCAGAGUCGUGCAGAAGUUGGGCUUCCCAGCCAAAUUUCUUGAUUUCAAGAUUCAGAACAUGGUGGGCAGCUGUGACGUCAAAUUCCCCAUUCGGUUAGAGGGACUUGUACUAACUCACCAACAGUUCAGCAGUUAUGAACCUGAGUUGUUCCCUGGGCUAAUCUACAGAAUGAUCAAACCCAGAAUUGUCCUACUGAUAUUCGUUUCAGGCAAAGUUGUAUUAACAGGUGCAAAGGUGAGAGGAGAAAUUUAUGAAGCAUUUGAAAACAUCUACCCCAUCUUGAAAGGAUUCAGGAAGACGACGUAAAUAUUUAUGCCUGCAAUCUUUUUUAAAAAAUUUAAUAGUCACAGGGGAACUUGCUCUGUUGUGACCAGUUACAUUGGGACUCUGAUUGGACCUGUACAUUUUAAUCAGCAAGUCGUGGACCCCUCCUAAUCACCUUAAUGGUGAUUGGAUACUAGGGGAAAUGCUGUAUUUUAGCAGUUUUAUUUGUUUUUAAAUGACUCUUGCUUGAUAUUAAAUGAGGCAGUCUGGCUGACAAUUUCUUUUCAUUGAAGCAUUUAAUUUUUCAAAAGUAGGUUUUAAGAUGUUAUCCUUCCGUUUCUCAGUGCAUGUUUGUCCACACACCCUACAAGCAGACAUUCAAGAUUCCUAACCUUAUUCUUUAAAUGUUUUUUACAGUCAAUUUAACUGUUAUAUGACUAAUCUCCAGAUUGAAUGUUACUUAGGAUUGUGUUGCAAGGCUUACCAAUUUGUCUUUAUUGCAACAAUAUUUUUUGUACAUAUUCCAUUUGAUAACUCUUUGCUGCUGAAGUCAAGAAAAUGGUGGAACAUUCAUCAUGCAACCUUGUGCAUCUGAGUGUUAUUAGUAACUAUGUACCUCAGAUGUGUUAUUUUUCUCAUUCUGUUUUUGGUCAUUUUAAGUGCUAUUUUAAGAACAGUCAUGUUUUAAUGCUAAAAUAGACAAACUAAUUCACCAUGGAUUUUUGUUUCAAUAGUUGAUACGUACUGUAUAUUUGGUCUACGAACUAAGCACACGAAAGCAGUCAGUCAUUAUGUCCUUGUUUUAAAUGUUAUUUUGCUCCAUUGUGCACAAUUAAAUAUUCACUUACCAA